UUGUCGUCAGUAUAUAGAAGUACGCGAAACGUAAUUGUCAACAGUAAAAUCGUUUUGUUGAAAUAAAUUGUUUAAAACGAAUACGCAAUGAUCGAGAUUAAGUUAGAAGUAGCGCAUAAUUGUGAGAGUGUACUCACCCUUGAGAAGAGUGACUCGGUGGAUGAACUCUGGAGACAUCUAGAAAAAAAGGGAUUUUUCCAGAGGAAUUUCUACAUUUUACAGAAUGGGAGACUACUUUCCCCAGGUGCCCACCUUUCAGGGGAUGUCAGGGUAAUUCCAAAGCUCCUGGGGGGAAAGGGAGGGUUUGGCUCGAUGCUGCGAGCUAUUGGAGCACAAAUCGAAAAGACAACGAAUCGAGAGGCAUGCAGAGACCUGAGUGGUCGUCGUCUACGGGAUAUUAAUGAAGAAAAACGCCUGAAAGCCUGGAUUGAGAAUCAGGGAAAUCGAAAAGAGGAGCAAGCAGAGAGAAAGAAGAAAAAAUUGGAGAGACUCUGCGCUGAGCCAAAGCACGAGUUCAAGGACAAGAAUUACGAGCACGAGAGAUCGAUUCUCACUGAGAGGAUCGAUGAUGCUGUUGAACAAGGAUUCAAGACUGCAGCUACGACAUCGAGUCUCGAGCCACCGAGGAAGAGUGUCAAGAGGAAAACAAUGCUCGAUGAAUUUGAUGACAUUGACUCUGAGGAAUUGAGUAGCUCUGAGGAAGAGAGUGAUCAGCCAGUGAAAAAAAUUAUUAAAGGAGAGAAGACGUCGGGGGACAGUGGGUGUUCCUCUAGUGUUGACGAUCACUCAGAAUCCUCUUGUGACAAAAAAGAAGAGGGUAAAAUUGAAGAGACACCUGAAUACACCUCGAUUCUCAUUUCCGAGAGAAAAAAAAUAGAACAAUCCAAUUAAAAUUAAUUUCGAAUGCCUUGAACGAAAGAAUAAGUCUCACUGAAUUUUUAAUAGCUCUACAAUUGAUUGUAAUGAUGCAAGUUGAUAAAUAAAAUUCUUUUUGAAAGCUA